UGGGAGAAGUAAGAUGAAAAAAAAAGUAGAUAUAUCUAAAGGUGACAGUGACAGACGGCGCGAGCGACGCGAAGUGAGCCUUUAUCCAUAGGCCUUGAAGCGAGCUGCGGGCGAGUGACAGUCUCCUUCCGCCUGGCAGUCCGCGCGGCGUGAGUCAGCCCGAGCCUCGCAGUCGCACCGCUCACCACCGUCAGUAUCACUCCCGCCGUCGGCCGCACCACGCACUCGUGCUCGCGCUCGCUCACUGCACGCUCUCUCCACACUGCGGCGUGUUCAAAGCAUAGGUGUUUCGGUUACGCCACUCGGUUGCGAAAGUCUGCGCGAUGAUAUACAAGUGAGAGCCGACAUCGGACGCCAGGGUAACGCUCAUCGCGCACGGUGAGCCAGUUUAUUCGACGAGAGACAUUUGAAACGCGCCAGCUGUGAGGGACGGGGGGCGCAACGGCGUCGGUUGCACACGCGGGAGCGACGUUUCCUAACACAUUUACUUUACUGUGAGAGAGCUACGAAAACCAAUUUUUAAUGUGUCAAGUCAGUAUAGCAUAUUGCUGCUACGUCAGAUCGCAGAACGCCUCGAGCAGGAACUACAAGGUUAUGCAAAUGAGUUCUGAACGCUUCUAUACUAGGGGUAAUCAAAAGACCAUUCAUAACUUCAAUAAACUUUAACGUACAGGUUACCGUACGAUAGUCUAAGUGCUUAUCUAUCGUUUCUCUAUUAUCGUUCGGUGUCGCGAUCGCUAAUUGCUAAUUACUGUGGGAGUCGAGUGAUAAGAAGUCGGCGCGUUAUCUGCGGGCGAGGGCGACGGAGCGCGGAGCACUCGCGGUACAGCAGGGCAGCAGCAGCAUUCGCCUCAGCAGCGAUGGCGGCCGUGCAGGAGGAGACGCUGCUCGCGCGCUGCGAGAUCCCCAUCAUCGACCUGGCGCACAUAGGUACAGACGUGUGUCCUAUGAAGUCAGUGGUGCGCCGCAUCGGACAACAGCUGUUCACCGCCCUCAGCAGCAAGGGAAUGGCGAUGCUGGUCAACCAUGGCAUUGCCGAGGAGAAGUUAAAAGCAGUGUACGCAGACUUGGACAACUUCUGCGCGCUGCCGGAGGGAUGUCAGGCGCAAUAUCUCCGCAACCCGGCCAACAACCAUGGCUACGUGCGCCCGGGGACCGAGCAGUUCGAUACCACCAUGACGGAGCUGCGGCACUUGUUCAACAUCACGACGCUCUCUGCGUCCUCCAUGCCGGCCCAGGAGAUCCCCGAGUUCACGAAGCACGCCGUACCUCUAGCGCAGGACCUCACUAACCUAUCUCGAGUUCUCCUGCAGGCGCUCGCUUACGCUUUCGGUCUGCCGCCGGCGACGCUGCUGACGUGCCACUCGGGCAUGCUGGCUAGCGAGGGCCGCAACCCGUCCACCAUGCGGCUGCUGUACUACCCGCCCGUGCCGCCCGAGGACGAGGGCCCGUGCUGCCACAGCGACGCCGUGCACUACACCCGGUGCGGCGCGCACGCCGACUACGGCACUUUCACGCUACUUGCGCAAGACUCCGAAGGCGGCCUCGAGGUAAAACUGAACGGCAGCGAAAAGUGGCAGUCAGUCGGCCAUCUUCCCGGCGCCAUCUUGGUGCAGACCGGGGAACUGCUCGCCGCUUGGACAACAAACAUUCUGCCGGCCCUGAUGCACCGCGUUGUAGUCCCCUCGGGCACCUACGCUCGCGCUCGCGGCCGCCACUGCGUCGCCUUCUUCUGCCACCCGGACACCGACGCGGUGCUGCCGACCCUGCCGCUGCGCGCCGCGCCCGCGCCCGCGCCGCCCGUCUUCACCCCCCACACCCACUUGACCUUCCACCACCGCCUGCUCAACGCCGCCCAUCACAUCCAGAAGCGCUUUAGAGAGACGUACGCGUGACUAGCGCGUACGGGGCACAAGCACUACAUAGUGCCGCUUGAACGACGGCAUACGGCCCCGUGAACAUCUUCAUGAACUUUACAGCGGGCGCAAUUACUCUUCUACGUUUCUUCCUUGUAGCCCACUGCAGCAUCACGGUUUUAAAACUUCAGUUCAUAUGACACGGUGCACGACCUGCACCUUUGAACAGUUUUACCCGUGUCAACUCACGAUUAGCAGCGGGUUUCCGACUUUAAUCAUGAGAUAAAAAAGCAAUGGUCAGAAGAGAAACGUAGAAAAAUUUAGCUUGAAUUAAUGUAUUUUUUCAACUUGCGCCCGCGACAGCCACUAGCAAGAGACAGCCUUUGCCGUCAAACACCGGGUGUACACAUAAGGUAAAAAUCGUGUCGAAGUGAAAAUGUGAACUCUAAAAAUAGCCUACAUUCGUUCAUAAACGACUAACCUCCCAAUUACCGCACAAAAUGGACCAACAAAUCAUACAGUAUAAAGUGAUUGGCAUAUCAAAGACAGUAACGUAGAUGAUUUUCUCAGCAUGUUACUUGACGUAAUAAUUGUAAGUAGAAUCAUGUUAACUUGCGGCAAUGAUUACUAAUUAGUGUUUAAGAAGUGCGCAAUUAGUGUAAUUAAUAACGAGCCUAUGGACUAAAGCGACUGCUGUGAAGAGGAGCCGAAGCGUCACGUGUACACCCUGACUCAAGAGGCGCGAUCAGUGUUCCCGAUGCACUCUCUAAAGAUUUUUGAAUAUUUAGCCUAACAUUCGCCUCGCAAGCCGCGAACUGUAUUAAUAUGUGUAGAAACUUUUGUCGUGCUCACAUUGCCGAGCAAGUUAACCCUUGUCGCCACGCAUGUCGUGCGCGGCGCGUCAGUGAACCUUGUUGGAAUGUUUGAAGGUUGAUAUUGGGCUGUAGGCACGCGCGUCAGUUGACGUCUUUGGCGGUCAAAGGGUUAAAUCCAGUCUACCUAAUACAUGGUGUGACGCACGGACCCGAGUGUGAAUGCUUGGCCGACACAUCUAUGUAUUCAACUUAACGAAAAAACCUUUUUACAUAACGAAGCCACAUUCGACUGCUAAAAAUAUAAGAAAAAGAAGACCUUUUUUUAUUAAAAAUAUAUAAUAAAAAUAUAUAAUAAUAUAAUUAGGUUUUAGCGUGGACAGCAGAACUGUCUUCUUUAAUUACUACCAAAAUGUGUUCUGCCAGAAUUUAUACGAUUAUAUAUACUUACGUUAUAUUUAGUACUAUCUUUUUCUAGUAGAUUUUUAUUACUAUAAAAUAUCUCGACUGAGAAGAAAGUAUGUAUUUUAUUCGUACUUAAUUUGGUUAUUAAAGAAUUUCUGAAACAUUUACAAAUCUAUUGUUGUUGGAGGAAUAUGGACGUAACCGUUAUAAACAUGACAUGUCAUUUUUAUAUUGCUAUGCGAUUAUAAAAUACAUUACCCUUACCUUAAAUAUGUAACAGGUACUUAACUAUACCCCUCCUUUCGUAGAAAAAAACCAGGUUUAGAAAUAAGUAUUCUUAUUGAAUUUGGGUUUUAUAAUUAUUGAUAAUAUGUAUUCGUGUCUUUAUACCAGUAUUUGGUUACUUAAUAUCUACUUAUGUAGUUGAAUUUUAUUAGUUCAAUUGCUAUAGGUAAUACGUAUGUCAUUAAGUGAAACGUAGGCUACGCAUAAAAUGCUGCCAUUGAAGUAUUUUCUUAAUAAUCAAAAAAAAAAAUGUUAGUAAUUACAAACUUGACAUUAAAAAGACAAAAGCGUAUUCUUGCCCGAGAUUCAGAUGUUUCAAAAUGACAAACACAAUUAUUUUUUAAUUUUGUUAUUAUUUAAAUUGUUCAACUUUAUAUCAUUCCCGAACUAUUUGGCAUUUCACUUAUUUAAUUGUGACGUCUUUUUAUAAUAUAUUUAAUAUUUUCGUGUUUUAAGGAUUUUGUGCUUUUAGUAUUACUGCCAAUAAUUAUUUUGACUUUUGCGAGUCGGCAUCUACUUAAAUUUAGUGUGUAUUAGUUAAAUAGCAAUUAGCGGCUCGACGUCGUCUUCAACUCUAAUAUUUUGCUUUUCUUCUGUUACAUUUGUAAACUUGGCUUCAUGCUUUUGCAUUUUAAACGAUAUUAGUUUAUAAAUUUUAAUGUAAUCCUUUGUAUCGUAUAUAUUUCAGGCCACUGCUGAUUAUAACACGACUCUUAUUACUUAUUAUUAAGUGAAUCGUGUUACUGCACCGAUAGCUCAAUUUAGCACGCCUUGUUUUACGUAUUUACACAGUAAUUUGCGCUAGAACAUCGAAUUUAUGAGUUGAUUAUACAAACAGACGAAGACUACUUAAUUUCAAGUACUUAAAUGUAAUUUAGUUGAAAUAUCAGUUACAACACAUUUAAUUCAGAAUUAUUGUAUAUUACAUAAGAUUUUUUUACAUUUACUACAAUAUUCUAAGUAGUACAGUAAACUAUACAAGAAACAAAUCAAGGUAAUAUGAUUGGAUUUGCUUUUUAAAAUAGACAGAUUCACAAAUAAUUAGAACGCUUCUUAAUUCUUGUAUGGUUAUUUAUUGGUUUUGGAAUAUAUUUCUUUUUAAGAAUGUCGAUGCACAUCAACCUUCCUUAAAAUCAUAACAGUUCAGAAAUUAGUAAAUAAACAAGUGAACUUUCCAGUUUUGAUAUGCAUUGGACUUAUUAAUGUAUUAGGUAAUAUAUUACGAUACAAGUGCGAAAAAUAUCAAUUCGUAACCAGUGACGACCGAAGAAUGUUUUGAUUCGAUGAUGCGAAUUACCUAUUCACACGUGUAUCGUACAACAUUUUACAGUACAUAUGAGUAUGUCCCUUUAAAUUUUCCACAUAUGUUAACGGCACCAAUCAUGGAACAUUUAAGAGAAAAUUUUGUUUGUUUUUGAUAUUUCACCGACACCUGUAAAUUUUCUACCGCUUUACGCUUUAAAAGUUGAAUGUCCAAUUCGUCCUUUAUGUUUUCUAUGUAUUUAAUGAAAGCUACUGCAAUUGGUUUCAAUAUUAUUAAUCAAUUUAAACUGUGGUUUUUUGCUCCAAUCAUGGAAUGUAUGGCGCCAUUCAUUUUCAAAAUAACAAAUAUAAAUGAAAAAUUAAAUUUAAGCAGCUCUUUGGCUCUUGUUUAUGGUAAAAUGUUGCCAGUGAUUAAAAACUGACGGUAAAUACUUGUUUUACAGGAUUUGUCUAUACCAUCCCAUUACUGGUGCCUGUUCCAUUAUAGGGGUGUUUACUAUUAUUAUAGUUAUGUAAUGUGCUAAUUAUCGCACUAUACUGUAAAAGUACUAUCUAAAUAUUACCUCAAUACCCAAUAAGUAUUAUAAUAUUGAAGAAAAAAGAAGCAAAUAAGUUGAUUCAAUAAUGAAAUGCAACCAAUGUCUGUACAAGUACAUAAUUAUCUAGCUCAAUUGUCAAAUUACCUAUGUAUUAAGUACUUUCAUCAUCACACAUAUUUUCAGUAGCAGUUUCAAGUCGCAUACUUAUGUGUUUACUCCGAAAAAGUAAAAAAUUGUACUUGUACGAUGGUACUUCCAAGAUAUACACUACGUAUGCAUUGUUUUGCUCAUCUCUUAUCUUCAUAAUUAAAAAGUAAACUGAAACUAGUACCACAAUACAUAACCAUUUGAGAUUUAGUACAGUCGCAAUCAGAUAUAUCGGAGCGGCCGAGGUGCUCUGAAAUAUCUGAACACGCCUCUAUUGUCAAGGAGUUAGAGUGCGUGUUCAGAUAUUUUUGACCACCUCGGCCGCUCCGAUAUAUCUGAUGGCGACUGUACCAGAAUAGACAUAAAACAUAAGAAUAAUGCAAAUAUUUUCAUGUCAAUAGUCAAAUGUUACAAGAAAUAAAUAUGCAAUUGUAUGAAACAAAUAAAUAUUAAA